GAACCGCCUUGUGACUUUUCUCCGCUAGGAUCUCUUACGCCUUAUUUGCCUUUCAAGCACAGACAUGCAGAAGUACUACUGCAAAAAUACAGCACAAGUUGACAUGACGCCCUUUUCUUUCAUUCAAUUCAAUUUGCGUAGUUUUCAAUGUCAACAAAUCGUAGCAGUAUCCGUUUACCACCAGAAGUUAAUAGAGUGCUAUUUGUGAGAAACUUACCUUUCAAGAUCACAACAGAAGAAAUAUAUGAGGUCUUUGGCAAAUAUGGGCCUAUCCGACAAAUUCGAGUUGGUAACGCAGCAGAUACUCGAGGAACAGCAUUUGUAGUAUAUGAAGAUAUUUUCGAUGCAAAAAAUGCAUGUGAACAUUUGCAAGGUUUCAAUAUUCUCGGACGUUAUUUGAUCGUUUUAUACUAUCAGCAAAAUAAAGUGACGAAAAAGAUGAAUUUACAGAAGAAGGAAGAGGAGUUACGAGAAAUGAAGGCUAAAUACGGUAUUCAGGACGACUAAAAUAGAAAGCAGAUAUGACAACAGCAGUAUUCAAUAUUUAUAUUAUCAUUUCCAUCUUAAUUCUUACUAUCAGUUUCGUUUGCCCUUUGUCCUUUGCCCACUUAAUUUUGUAGAUAUCGAACCGGCGUAUUUGAAGUUACGCACUAUGAUGAAUAAAGAUCCUUGCAACACAACUUAUUAUGCUUUCGAAUAUUUUGUUAUUAUACUGAAGCGGAUGGAUUCAAUAAUAUAUCUCUAUUUCGAGCUGCUAGACCACAAGAGUUAGGAUUGUAAAGACCAAAGAACCUUACGUCACUAUAAACAAAAGUAGAUCAACUGCAAGGACUAUUUGCAAAGUUAGAAUACUGAUCUAUACGAGACUAAGGGACAGUUUAUCAUUG